CCAUUUUCUAAAAUUUGAAUUUUUUGAACUUCCUUGUUUUCUCAUUUACAGCUUAGUGGUUAUGGCUAUGCAUUAAAGGGUUGUGAAAAAAUUAUUUCUUUUCUUGUUUUUUUUUUUCUGUGAGAAAUCUAGACCCGUUUGGCAGAAUUUGAUAUUUCAUUGAUCUGUUGCAAUGUUAUGCUUGAAAAGUUCAAUUGAAAAAGGGCGUGGAUCAGUCCCUGUUCAUCUCAAUGUCUAUGAUCUUACCUCCAUGAAUGGCUAUGCUUACUGGUUUGGACUUGGAGUCUACCAUUCUGGCGUUCAAGUUCAUGGAGUGGAGUAUGCAUUUGGAGCUCAUGAGCAUCCGACCACAGGGAUUUUUGAGGGGGAGCCAAAGCAGUGUGAUGGGUUCACAUUCAGGAAGUCGAUUCUGAUUGGGUGGACGGACAUGACUCCUGGAGAGGUGAGAGGAGUGAUGGAGGAGCUGGCGGAGAAAUACAGGGGAGAUACCUAUAAUCUCAUCACCAAGAACUGCAACCAUUUCUGCGACGAUGCCUGCAUUAAGCUCACCGGUAAUCCCAUCCCCAACUGGGUUAAUCGCCUCGCCAGGAUAGGUUUGCUCUGCCACUGCAUAAUCCCAGUGAGCUUAAAUGCCACAAAAGUUGGGCACCACAAGAUUGAAGACAAGGCAUGUGCAGCAGUGGAGAAGAAGCAGCUCAGGAGCCGCUCGCACCGGUACUCCUCUAACUCAUCCACCGGUUCAUCAACUUCUUCUUCUUGUUCUCCUCCGUUAGCAGCCACCAUCGGCAGCCGUAGCAGAAGCCCCUUGCCGCCGUCUCCGCCUUUGAUUCUUGAUUCAGGUACAAAGUAGAGGUCUCAAGCGCUGAUGAUGAUGGCAAUUAUUUUACAGAGGCUAUAGUUCUUUUUUUUUUUUUUCGUAAUCUUAUAAUGCUAACAGUUUGUUUCUGAUAAUGAGAAGCAGUUACUGGAAAGAUCUGUACAUGCACAUUGGUAUCAACUGAUAAUGGAAUUUCCUGUGUUUUCUU